CAUGCGCCGUGCGGCCCGGCCAUGUCGCGCCUCCCGCAGCGGGGCCUUGUCCUGGCGGCCCGGGGCUGGCGCGGCGCCGCAGUUUGCAAGUCAUGUGCUCUCCGAAGAUUUUCCAUCCAGCCUGCCCAGCAGAAGAAGAUUCCAAACCGGUAUUUGGGGCAGCCCAGCCCCUUCACACACCCACAUCUGCUCAAACCAGGAGAGGUAACCCCAGGAUUGUCACAGGUGGAAUAUGCUCUUCGCCGACACAAACUGAUGGUGUCGAUCCAGAAGGAAGCCCAAGGCUGCGACGGUUUGGACCACACAGUGAUUCUGCUGUCCAACCCUACGUACUACAUGAGCAAUGACAUCCCCUAUAUUUUCCACCAGGACACUAAUUUCCUGUACCUCUGUGGGUUUCAGGAGCCUGACAGCAUCCUGGUGCUGCAGAGCAUUCCUGGCAAAGCGCUGCCAUCUCACAAAUCCAUACUUUUUGUGCCCCGGAGGGAUCCAAAUCGAGAGCUGUGGGAUGGGCCCAGAUCAGGCCCGGAUGGGGCAAUUGCUCUCACAGGAGUAGAUGAAGCUUACACCAUUGAGGAGUUCAGGCACUUGGUGGCCAAGCUGAAAGGUGAGUCCAACGUGGUUUGGUAUGACUUGAAAAAACCAGUGCAUGCAGAGCUGCACUCUGACUACAUGCAGCCCCUGGCUGAGGUAAAAGCUCGGAGCAAGAACCGCAUCCAGGCCGUUCGACAUCUCGUGCAGAACCUUCGGCUGAUCAAAUCCCCGGCAGAGAUUGAGAGGAUGAAGAUAGCUGGCCGGGUGACAGCAGAGGCUUUCACAGAAACUAUGUUUGCCAGUAAAACCCCUGUGGAUGAAGCCUUUCUGUAUGCAAAGUUUGAAUUCGAGUGCCGGGCUCGUGGUGCUGACAUCUUGGCAUACCCCCCUGUUGUUGCUGGUGGCAACAGAUCAAACACUUUGCACUAUGUGAAGAAUAAUCAGCUCAUUAAGGAUGGUGAACUGGUCUUGCUAGAUGGUGGAUGUGAAUUUUCCUGCUAUGUGAGUGACAUCACACGUACCUGGCCUGUCAAUGGAAGGUUCACCAAACCCCAAGCAGAACUGUAUCAAGCUGUCCUGGAUAUCCAGAAGUCCUGCUUGAGCCUCUGCUCCCCUGGCAUGAGUCUGGAAAAUAUCUACAGCCUCAUGCUGAGCCUUAUUGGACAGAAACUGAAAGACUUGGGUGUCCUGGACAGCAGCAUCACUGACAGCCAUUUCUUCAAGGCUGUUCGAAAAUACUGCCCUCAUCAUGUGGGCCAUUACUUGGGCAUGGAUGUUCACGACACCCCAGAUAUAUCCCGAUCAAUCCCGUUCCAGCCAGGCAUGGUGAUAACCAUUGAACCAGGCAUUUAUAUCCCUGAGGAUGAUGUGAGUGCUCCAGAGAGGUUUCGUGGCAUUGGUGUGCGCAUUGAGGAUGAUGUGGUGAUAACAGAGGAUGCACCUCUUGUCCUGUCUGCUGACUGUCCCAAGGACAUCUACCACCUUGAGCAGAUCUGUGGCCGCAGCUCAUGAUGUCCCUUCUCUGCCCCUUUCAUUCUCCUUGGGGGACACAGCCCCACAGGGAUGCAGAUCCCUUAGCUGGCUGUAGUUGCCACGUGAUGGAAGGCAUGGACAGUUGAUGGCUGUUUUCAAGAUUGGGACUGGGCAGUGGAAUGCAAAAGGCUUGUGUACUGAGGGAUGAAAAAACAAAGUAACCUUC